UAUUCUCUCUAACGGGCCAGGAAUUUAGGGCUCCUCGUGAUGGCGAUGGCUCCUGGCUGGGGCGUGGCAAAUUCCAGACAGCUGCUCUGCGCGAGGGCGCAGCUAGAUUACGAUUUCGCCGCCAGCGAAGGGAAUGCGAUGCGCGAGGCCAGGCUCUGGGAUCUGGUGGCGUCGCGGAUGAGCUUCCAGUGCAGCGGCCGCGAAUGCGAGCGCGAGUGGAGGGCGCUGGUGUCGCGGUACGAGGAGAAAGGAUUGCAAGAAGGAAAUGCUUCCCUGUUUGAGGAAAUCGACGCCAUAUUUAAGUCACGCGGAAAAGAGGCUAUGGUUUUCACGAUUUCCGAGGAGGAAUCCGUGAGCAUCGACAGUCACGAAGACGGUGAGAGCGAGGCCGAGAGAGACGUCCAACAGGUCUUGGAGGAUAUGUUCCAUCGAAUGCCUUGCGUGCCUCCGGGGUGGCUGUGGCAAGAAGGAAUGAUGGCGAAGGAAAAAAAUGGAGAUACAGGUCUGGACGAUGAGGAGCACCAUCCAGCUCUCUCCUCCAGCGCUGAGGCAUCGACCCAGUGUAAGCAAGAGGCCGUGGAAGAACGCAUGCCUCGCUGGGGACACACCGAGACCAAGGACUUCAUUUCCAUCAGAGCGGGCAUGGAGGAGGAUCCAUCGCUUUCUUCUCAGAAGAAUUGGUGGGAUCGGAUCGCGGGGAAGAUGAGAGAAAGAGGCUACGCGAGAACCAGCGAGCAAUGCAAGCGCAAGUGGAAGAAGCUAGUCAGUCGUUAUAAGGAGAAAAGAACGACCGGUUUGGAGCACGGGCGGAAGUUCCUCUUCUUUCCGGACAUGGACGAGCUGUUCAAGGCGAGGCUACAGAGGACCGAGACAGCAGAGAAGGGACCAAAGGAAUCUCUCGAGGAGAACCAAGCGGACUCAGACCAGCUGAGCGAGGACGCCGACAGUGCGGAGGUGGUAGAAUUUCCGAGGAAGAAACGGAGAACGGAUGGGAUGCAUCAGGUGCUGUCCGACUUCAUCGCCAAGCAGCAAGCCGUGGAGAGGCGGUGGCAGGAGUUGCUACAGAGAAAGCAGCGAGAGUGGCAGCAGCGGGAGCACGAGUGGAUGAGUGGAAUGGAGAAGCUACAGCAGCAGCGGAUGGCAAGAGAGGCGGCCUGGAGGGACCGCGAGGAGCAGCGCCGCGCUCGCGAGGAGAUUCGUGCACAGAAAUGGGACAAGCUGUUCGCGGUACUGGCAGACAGGCUACAAGCGGACGACUGACCUUUCUCAAAGCAGAAAAGGUCACCAACGCGGAAAAAUCUGUCAGGGAAGCAUAUCUUUUCGGGCGGAGUCAAAAAGUAUCCGUGGCUCCCUCCGACCCCGAAGAAAGAAAGCGAAGCUAUAGCAUGGAAGUCUCUCGUCAAGUGGGGCUCGAAGAAGUUACAGCUCUUUCAGCAGAGGAAAAAAAUACAGAGAAGUCCGGGAUCAGCA